AAUAAUAUGAAACGAAGGUGGUAUAUUCUCUUAAAAUUACUUUUUACUGAUCGGUGAUUGGUGAUAUUAGUAUUAGAAUUAGAAAGUUAAAAUUAUUACAGUGGUUGGAAGAUUGAACAAGAUGGGUGAUUGGUGAAUUUAGUUUUGAGUCUUUUUUUUUGAAAGUAAUUUUAGUUUUGAGUCUUGUGACAUGUUAAUUUACAGUUUUAAGUUUUUAACUCUAAAAAGUCAAACUUAAAAGGAACUAAACAGAAGACCCAAAUCAAUCCUACACUUGCCCUUCUUAUCAAUUUGGAUCACCAAAAACCCUAAACUUUGAUUCAAAUUCAACCCAAAAAUGGACAGAAAUGAAAGACCCACAAGCGUAAUCGACAGUUUAGGCGAAGAAUUGGUCCGAAUCAUAACCCCAGUUUCAAUUUGCAUGUUCUUGGUGGUAAUUUUGGUAUCAACCCUAAGUUCCGAUUCAUCAUCUUCGUCUUCUGAUUCAAUCAUCACAAUAGCUAAUUUAGCUUACGAUGAGAGUAGCUCAGAUUCAUUUUGGGAUAAAUUUGAAGGUGCCCUUUUAAAUUCUCUUGUUUUUGUGGUAAUUGUGACUAUAAUUACUUUCUUUUUGGUCUUCUUAUUCUAUAUUAGGUGCACCAGUUUCUUGAAAUAUUAUAUGGGUUUUUCUGCAUUUAUGGUAUUAGGGUUUAUGGGUGGUCAAAUUGCUGUAAUGUUGGUUGAGAAAUUGAACUUGAACAUUGAUAUUAUCACAUUUUUGGUGCUUUUGUUCAAUUUUGCAAUUGUGGGUGUUUUGGCUGUGUUUAUGUCAAAGAUGGCUAUUUUAGUGACUCAAGCUUAUUUGGUUGUGAUUGGAGUGUUGGUUGCUUAUUGGUUUACUAUGUUGCCUGAAUGGACUACUUGGGUGCUUUUGGUUGCCAUGUCAUUGUAUGAUUUAGCUGCUGUGUUGUUGCCCAUUGGUCCGCUUCGCCUGUUGGUGGAACUUGCUAUAUCUAGGGAUGAAGAUAUACCCGCAUUAGUUUAUGAAGCUCGUCCUGUUAGCGUGGAUGAGUCGGAUGGUGUUGGUCAGAGGAGGCUUUGGAGGGAGAGAAGGGGUGAUGGGGAUCAACAAGAGGAUUUGAAUAGUGGGGUGAAUUUGGAGACGAGUACGGAUCAUCGAACACUACCAACUGUUGGAAGUGGCCAUAGUGUGAGAGAUUUGGUGAGUACUGAAGAAGGAAGGGUGGUAAAUUAUGAUCAGGAUGCUUCUGUGCCAUUGCUUGAGCAUAGAUUAAGAGCUGAACAGCAUGCAGACCGAGUUAUGGCUUCAGAUGAUAGUAUGAUUUUUGAAGGGAUUGGAUUGGGAUCUUCUGGUGCUAUUAAGCUAGGGCUUGGGGAUUUCAUCUUUUAUAGUGUUUUGGUUGGAAGGGCAGCAAUGUAUGAUUAUAUGACAGUGUAUGCCUGCUAUUUGGCUAUAAUAGCCGGUCUUGGAAUUACCCUGGUGUUACUGGCUGUCUAUCAGAAAGCCUUGCCUGCUUUGCCCGUAUCUGUCAUGCUUGGGGUAUUGUUUUAUGUCUUGACUCGGUUUUUACUUGAAGAAUUUGUUGUGCAAUGUUCCAUAAAUUUUGUUAUGUUCUAGUAUUGUAUAUUUCCUGUGAUUAGCAUCAUUUUUAUAGCAGUGGCUUGAUUUCAAUACUCGGGUGCCAAUAGCUUGGUCGCUAAUUUAGUAAUUUGUUCUUUAUUCACUGCAAAUAUAUUGAUUGACACAUGCAUUUAUGCUUGAAGAAGAAUUUCUCCCUUAUAAGGAUCAUCCUAGAAUUUUGUUUUGUGAAAGGUCUUCAAUAGUAAAAUUUGUUGGCACUGGCUGUAACUGAAAACAGAUAAGGUUCGAGUUAAUCAAAUGAGGCAAUUGUACCUAAAUGGCUGAUAUCUUUGUGGAGAUUCUUUGAAAGUCUAUCUGAAGAUUGGAAGCAUUCUCUAUGGUACUGCGCUCACCAGCUUCUAUUACACUAGAGAGCUUAUAAGAAGUCAAUACCAUCAUUUGCCACAUAUUUGGAGCUGGGUAAUUGAGGUGCCUUAUGAUAAGGAUUUGCUGGAGCAUGAAAGUCUGCUACAACAGUUAUAUUAGUAUUUGAUGCUUGAAGCGCCUUUGCAACUAAUAAGAUGUUCGUGGUUCACCCCUACAAUCAAAUAAUUUGGCACUUUUGGCUUUACUUGAAUGAAACGUCAUUUUGCCAGCGAAGCUGUAAUGCUUUUUUCAAUUAUCAGUUCAAAUAAAGUUGCAGGAAGGUUGUUGGUUGGUUUUACUGUAUUAGAAGUGUGGUGCUGCACUGCUGCCCACCAAAAAAAAAAAAAAGGGAAACUGAAAGAGUUGUAAGUCCUAUUUUCUUUCAAGAUUGAUGCAAUAACCUCCAUGGAGGUACUACGGUAAAUUGGUAAGAAUAAUUUUGAAGGAUUUUUUUCAGCUGAA